GUUCAAUCCCCACCUUCUGCCCUCACAUCUUUUCCAACAUGCUGGAGUGUCUUUGGCUGAAUGGCGUUACCUGCUGCCUAUCUGUCUGAAGACCAGUUCACCUGCUCAAUCUGCCUGGAUGUGUUCAACAACCCGAUCUCUACACCAUGUGGCCACAGCUUCUGCCAGGCCUGCAUCUCUUCCUACUGGGAUGGGGAAAGAAGAGGAGGUGGAGGAGGUGGGGGAACAAAGAUCUACCAGUGUCCUCUCUGUAAGGAGUCCUUCCGUAAGAGGCCGGAGCUCCACAUCAACCGAACCCUGAAGGAAAUCACUGAACAGUUCAAGUGGUUAGCCGACGCUGGCGUUUUGAUGGAUGGAACAGAUGGAGGAAGAGGAGUCGUUGAUCCAAACUUGUUUCUUCAGCAAGAGCAACAACCACUCCUGUCUCCACCGCAGAGGCAAGGGGAGAUGCCUGAGAGUGUCUUUGAUGAGAUGAUGACUCGUUUCCAGCAGAUGUCACCAGCUGGAGUGCCUGAAACUGCCUUCCCCCAUCCCAAUAACCCUCAAAGAUCCAGUCCAGCCAACGCUCGCCCACCUCUCAAGACCCAGAACUCAGAGCACCUUGACCCGCCUCCACCUUACUCACCUCCACGCAGGUUCUCUCUGGGCGGUCCCGGUGACCUGGCCCGUAACGUGCCUCUGUGUCCUGUCCACCUGAGGGCGCUGGAGUUCUUCUGUCGCACCGAUAACACUUGCAUCUGCAGCUUGUGUGUGGAGACACAAGACCACCGUGGACACAAUGUCACCCCAGCCAAGAGAGAGUGGCACAUCAAGAAGUCCCAGUUAGGUAUAUCAGAGGUGGAGCUGAAGGAUCUCAUAAGUGAGAAGGAGAGGAAAGUGGAGGAAAUACAGAACUCACUACGAGAGAUAUGGGCUGCUGCUGAAAGAGAGACAGAUGGAGUUGUUUCUGCAUUUUCCAAGCUGAUCUCCAGUGUGGAGCGCUGCCAAGCUGAGGUCUUAGAGGCGAUAGAGAAGAGUCGACUGGCGACUGAGCGCAGAACCCAGAGCCUGCUGAGAGAGCUGGAGGAGGAGAUAUCUGAACUGAAAAAGAGGAGUGCAGCACUAAACCAGCUGGUUCUGUCAGAAGACUAUGUACACUUCCUCAAGACGUUCCCUGCCCUCUCCACCCCUCCACCAUCCAAGGACUGGUCGAGUGUCUCUGUGGUGUCUGAGCUGACCUCGGGAGUGAUUCUCAGGACUGUCACGCACAUGAUGGAGCACGUUCAGGAAGAGAUGAGGAAGCUGCCAGAAGUCUGUCAGAGAUCCCUGUCAGAACAAACUGUAGCCAGACCCAACCCAAAGACAAGAAGGGUCCAAGAGUAUGCAGAUGAAAUCACCCUAGACCCCCACACAUCCCACCCACGUCUCAUCAUCUCCGUAGAUGGGAGGCAGGUGCACUGUGGUGAACGCCAUCAGCCGGUACAAGACAACCCGGAGCGCUUUGACCGGGUGGUGUGUGUGCUCGCACGCCAGGGCUUCAGCUCUGGACGCCAUUACUGGGAGGUGGAGGUUGGAGGAAAGUCUGACUGGGACCUCGGGGUUGCAAGCUGGUCUGUCAAUCGGAAGGGUAAAAUCACUGUUAGCCCCGCCCAUGGCUACUGGUUCCUCAGCCUGCGUGAUCGGACCGAGUACGCCUUCAGAACAGAACCUUCGACCAACCUGACCAUCAGUCCGAGACCCUCCCGUAUUGGAAUCUACGUGGACUAUGAGAAAGGGCUGGUGUCCUUCUACAAUGUGGAGGCCAAAGUGCUCAUGUAUACCUUCACAGAUACGUUUUCUGACACCAUCCAUCCUUUCUUCAGUCCCUGUACGAAUAAAUCAGGAAGGAACGAGGGACCACUAAUCAUUUGUCCUGUUCAAGAAUAAAAUCAAUCAAAAAUG